GGUCGGUCUCUUUAAGGCCUGCCGCGCCUGCGCCUUGGGCUUUCCUGACGCGGUCGCAGACCCUGGAGUAGCCGGCGGGCUGGCAGGGUAGGGGUCGGGUAGUAGUUAAAGCACUGGCGGCUCCCGGAGGGUGGGUGAAGGUCGGAGGCGGCUCUGAGCAAGUCAGUGAGCUCGGCGCUUGAGAACGGGCGGGGAAGGCGGCCCGCGGAGCCGAAGUCCGGGCCGAGGCGCUGAGACGCGGUGGCGAGGCUGCCGGCUGGAUGGGAAGUUAAUGUUUACGGCGGAGUCCACCCAACGUUUCCAAGAGUUGGAACAAUACUUUCUUAUAACCUGCUUAAAAGAUUGAAGAUGUAUAUUACAGUUGCACCAGCCUUAAAUCCUACUGGAACUAGGUGGCGACAGACAAGGUUGCAGAAAAGCUGAGUUCUACUCUCUCAUGGGUGAAGAACACAGUAUCACAUACAGUCAGUCAGAUGGCCAGUCAGGUGGCAAGUCCAUCUGCUUCAUUACACACUACAUCCUCAUCUACCACACUAUCCACGCCGGCCCUUUCGCCAUCUUCCCCUUCACAGUUGAGUCCAGACGACUUAGAACUCCUGGCUAAACUGGAGGAACAAAAUAGAUUGUUAGAGACGGAUAGUAAGUCUUUAAGAUCUGUAAAUGGGUCGAGAAGAAACAGUGGCUCCUCCCUCGUAUCAAGUUCAUCAGCCUCUAGCAACCUCAGCCACCUUGAAGAAGAUUCUUGGAUUCUUUGGGGAAGAAUUGUUAAUGAAUGGGAAGAUGUACGCAAAAAGAAGGAAAAGCAAGUUAAGGAGCUUGUUCGUAAAGGGAUACCUCACCAUUUUAGAGCAAUAGUUUGGCAACUUUUAUGCAGUGCACAGAGUAUGCCAAUUAAGGAUCAGUAUUCCGAACUCCUGAAAAUGACCUCACCUUGUGAAAAAUUGAUCCGUAGGGAUAUUGCUAGAACUUAUCCUGAACACAAUUUCUUUAAGGAAAAAGACAGCCUUGGACAGGAGGUUUUAUUUAAUGUAAUGAAGGCAUAUUCUUUAGUGGAUCGUGAGGUUGGUUACUGUCAAGGAAGUGCUUUUAUAGUUGGAUUGUUGCUUAUGCAGAUGCCAGAAGAAGAAGCUUUCUGUGUAUUUGUUAAAUUAAUGCAAGAUUAUAGACUUCGUGAACUUUUUAAGCCAAGUAUGGCAGAAUUGGGCCUAUGUAUGUACCAGUUUGAAUGCAUGAUACAGGAGCAUCUUCCAGAGCUCUUUGUACAUUUUCAGUCUCAGAGUUUUCAUACCUCAAUGUAUGCAUCAUCCUGGUUUCUGACUAUCUUUCUUACAACUUUUCCAUUACCAAUUGCAACAAGGAUAUUUGAUAUCUUUAUGUCUGAGGGUUUAGAAAUAGUAUUUCGAGUAGGAUUAGCGCUUCUUCAAAUGAAUCAGGCAGAAUUGAUGCAACUUGACAUGGAAGGGAUGUUACAGCACUUUCAGAAGGUCAUUCCACAUCAGUUUGAUGGUGGUCCAGACAAAUUAAUCCAGGCAGCUUACCAAGUCAAAUAUAACACAAAAAAAAUGAAAAAACUUGAAAAGGAAUAUACUACAAUAAAAACUAAAGAAAUGGAGGAACAAGUUGAAAUUAAAAGGUUACGCACAGAAAAUAGACUUUUAAAGCAGCGCAUUGAAACAUUAGAAAAAGAAAGUGCUUCCUUGGCAGAUAGAUUGAUACAGGGACAAGUGACAAGAGCCCAGGAGGCUGAGGAAAACUACCUCAUAAAACGGGAGUUGGCCACCAUCAAACAGCAGAGUGAUGAGGCCAGUGCUAAACUGGAGCAAGCUGAAAAUACCAUCAGGAAGCUCCAGCACCAACAACAAUGGCAUAAAUGCAGUUCUAACUACAAUGAAGAUUUUGUGCUGCAACUAGAGAAGGAAUUGGUCCAAGCCCGUCUGAGUGAAGCUGAGUCUCAGUGUGCACUAAAGGAGAUGCAGGAUAAAGUCCUGGAUAUAGAGAAGAAAAACAACUCCUUUCCUGAUGAGAAUAACAUUGCAAGGCUUCAGGAAGAGCUCAUUGCUGUGAAACUGAGAGAAGCAGAAGCUAUAAUGGGUUUGAAAGAACUUAGACAACAAGUCAAGGAUUUAGAGGAACACUGGCAGCGCCACUUAGCUCGUACUACGGGGCGGUGGAAAGACCCACCUAAGAAAAAUGCUGUGAAUGAGUUACAAGAUGAGCUGAUGACCAUUCGACUUAGAGAAGCUGAAACUCAGGCAGAAAUAAGAGAAAUAAAACAAAGGAUGAUGGAAAUGGAAACACAGAAUCAGAUCAAUAGUAACCAUCUUCGAAGAGCAGAACAAGAGGUGAUCAGUCUACACGAGAAGGUGCAGUAUCUUUCUGCACAGAACAAAGGACUACUUACUCAAUUAAGUGAAGCAAAGCGCAAACAAGCAGAGAUUGAAUGCAAGAACAAGGAAGAAGUGAUGGCUGUGAGACUCCGAGAAGCAGAUAGCAUAGCUGCUGUGGCUGAAUUACAGCAGCACAUUGCUGAGCUGGAAAUCCAGAAAGAAGAAGGAAAGCUUCAAGGACAGCUUAACAAGUCUGAUUCUAACCAGUAUAUUAGGGAACUGAAAGAUCAGAUAGCAGAGCUGAAUCAUGAGCUCAGGUGCCUAAAAGGCCAGAGGGUCUUCUCAGGCCAGCCUCCUUUUGAUGGAAUCCACAUUGUCAACCAUUUAAUAGGAGAUGACGAAUCAUUCCAUUCCUCUGAUGAAGAUUUUAUAGAUGAUUCAUUACGGGAGAGUGGUGUUGGUUUUCCUUUGCACGGAAAAUCUGGCCCAACAUCUUUGGACCCCACUGUGGCAGACGGUAGUGAAAGCGAAACAGAAGACAGUGUGCCGGAGACCAGAGACAGCAACCAAAUGGCUCAAAAGGAGCAGCCCCCAAGAAGAGAGUCGUACUCAACCACUGUCUGACCAUCACUGUGAACUAGACUGUGGGGUUUUUUUAAGGGAUCAGUUAUCAUAUGGUUAAGGGGUUUUGGAACAUAUCAGUUUCAUAUGUACAUACAUAUAUACAUAUAUAUAUAUAUAUAUUUUACAGUCUGCCUUUUUAUCUUUGCCAAAUUUUCACCACUGACUUACCAUUGCCAUAAAGUAGACUUGAAUAUGGUUAAUGGGAAAAAUAAGAUUCUAACAGUAUUACUGAUAUUAAUGUUUCUUGUUUAGAAAUGCAAUUAUGUCUAUAUGUGGGAAGCAUUUUCAAGUUCAGAACGAUUGGAAAAUUGAAUUUUCUUCAGACAAAACUGUUCUUGUGCAAUAUUUCAUGCUCAUUCAACAAACUGCAUAUUUAUGUUUAUUAAUGUUUUCAUAGCAGCUGUCUACAAACAUUUGACCAAGAUAUAUCUUGUGUUUUUGUGUUGGGGGAAUUUUUUUUUCUGGUCAAAAUUACUGUUUUAGUAGCGGGCCACUGAAAGCUCCCAGCCACAAAGCCUUUUUUCCCAUGUAAUUUUACAAACGCAAAUUAAUGGUCAUCUGUCUUGAGAGUUUUAAGUUUUAAUUUCUAACUUUUAUGUGCAUGUGUUACUUCCAUGUGUUGCCUACUGGCCAGAGUAGUAGGUUAACAACAAAUAAAUUGUGUUUUUGUCCAUAUUUAUAAAUCUAUAUCACCUAACACGAAACAUCAUUUUAUAUGGAGAAUGUAUGUGUUGCAAAAUGACUGCCUUCAAUAUUCUAAAAGGACUCCUGUAAAUAAUAGGUUAAAAGAAAACUGAAAAUGAAACCAAACACUAAUAUUUUAAUAGCUUUAGUAUUUUGCUUAGCAUUCAACACUAGCAGAUUCAUAAGUUAACUAAUGCUUGUUCAAAAACACUAUUGGUGACAUAUUUUACUUCAUGUGUAUAUAGCUAAUAAAUUUUUCAUGAUGAAA